GAAGGAGGUGGUCUAUAAAAACAACGACAUUCGCCUGGAGUUGUCCCGUUUGGCGCGAAUCGUGGACCCCAAGAUGAAAAUCCAGGGCGAGGUUUCCUAUAAGUGUGAGAACGUGGCCACUCUGGACCCCAUUUCCUUUGAGACCCCCGAGGCCUACAUCAGCCUUCCCAAGUGGAACACCAAACGGAUGGGCUCCAUUUCCUUUGACUUCCGCACCACCGAACCCAACGGCCUGAUCCUCUUCACCCACGGAAAACCCCAGGAGCGCAAAGACGCCGCCAAAAGUCAGAAGAACACUAAGGUGGAUUUCUUUGCAGUGGAGCUGCUGGACGGCAGUCUGUACCUCCUUCUGGACAUGGGCUCAGGGACCAUCAAGGUGAAGGCCACCCAAACUAAAGUCAACGAUGGGUCCUGGUAUCACGUAGACAUCCAAAGAGAUGGACGUUCAGGUACGAUCUCAGUCAACAGCAGAAGGACCCCCUUCACAGCCAGCGGUGAGAGUGAGAUCCUAGACCUGGAGGGGGACAUGUACCUGGGGGGGCUUCCCGUCGACCGCACCAACCUCAUCUUACCCACCGAACUGUGGACGGCCAUGCUCAACUACGGCUACGUGGGCUGCAUCCGAGACCUGUUCAUUGACGGACGCAGUAAGGACAUCCGUCAGAUCGCUGAGGCCCAGAACGGCGCUGGCAUCAAACCCUCCUGUAACAAACAACAAGGAAAGCAGUGUGAGAGUUACCCCUGCAAGAACCGAGGAGUGUGUAAGGAAGGAUGGAACCGCUUCAUCUGUGACUGCACCGGAACAGGGUACUGGUCCAGGACCUGUGAGAGAGAGGCGUCCAUCCUGUCCUAUGAUGGCAGUAUGUCUUCUUCUUUGUCCUUCGUAAUCAAAGAUGACCAUCUAGUAUUUCCAAUCAUCCAAAAUGAGUCAUGA